GAAAAUUUUUCCAUUUUAAUUAAAAAACGCUUUAAAGUCGCCAAAAUGUCCUUCAAAAGCAAUCCCAAGGUGCAGAAGGUGAUGGUGCAGCCCAUCAACCUGAUCUUCCGUUACCUGCAGAACCGCUCGCGCGUGCAAGUCUGGUUGUACGAAAACAUUUCGCUGCGCAUCGAGGGCCACAUUGUGGGCUUCGACGAGUACAUGAACCUGGUGCUGGACGACGCCGAAGAGGUGUACGUUAAGACGCGCCAGCGCAAGAGUCUGGGCCGCAUCAUGCUGAAGGGGGACAAUAUCACGCUGAUACAGAACGUCAGUCCGUCCAAGGAUUAGUGGCGGUGGAUGGCACCCGGCCACGCGUCCACCUAUGUACUUUCCCGCUAGGAUGCACGUCGUAAAUAUAAGCUAAUUAUACCUGUAAAGCCGAAACCUCAAAACGAAUGAAAACUAAAUAAAUGGAGAACUUUCUGUAAA